AUGGCUUUGCCCGAUGACGCGGGCUUCGGCGCCGGUCUUGCGCCCAAGCUGCGGCGGCCGCAGCGCAACGCGCGCGCAGACGACAAGAACAACAUCUACCUCGUUGGCCACGCGGCCUUUGGCCAGGGACUCACGCAGCUUGAGUGCUACGAGUUCGAGGACGCCGCCACGUCACUGGAGGCUGCAUGGGCUGUCUGGAAGGACGUCUUCCUCGGAGCACCGACCAAGCCGAUGCCCAUCAAUGCCGCAAGUUCAGACGAAGAGGAUGAAGAGGAGUCCGAGUCUCGCAGUGGGUCAGACUCGGAGACCGACUCCAGCUCCGAUCGCCUUCCCGAGCGCCCGCGCCGCAUUGGCGCCAACGAGGCUGCCGCAAAGGCGUUCUUCAAGGCGAAGAGUUGCGGCAACCAAGGCGCAGGCGUCGGCGCCACUUUUGCCCCUGGCUUGGGCAAGACAUCUUCCGCCUCAGGUUCAGAGAGCGGCGCCCGGCCGCGUAGGCGGCGGCUCCCGCGGGGCUUUGCGGACGACGGCGAGUCUCCGCCGCCCCCACCCGAUCAGGACGAUCGUUUGGGGGUCUGGCCACCACCUCCCACAGUCGACAUUUUUGCUGAGGCUCUGACAGAUGCCUUGGUGCUGCGAGUAACAAGGGCCACGGAGGAGGAGGCGCUGUCUUGUGCCCUGGAGGCACAGGGGGAGCUGAUGGCCACUGCAGGACAGGACUCGGAUUCUGACGACGACGAUGAUGACGAUGAAAGCGAGGCUGAGGAGCUCAGCACAGCUGCCUACAACCGGCGGGCCUACAGGGCCGACGUGAAGCUCAUGGGCCAAAGGGAGCCCUCCGAUGGCGCCCAGGCCCUCAAAAGCUCGCCCAGCAAGGAUCCAACGCUGCAAGACAGCUCCGGCGCGAAACCUCAGUUCCACCACUACCGCCGCUUGAUGCGGGGCCUUUGCCACUGUUACGUGCGGCUCAGGCGCUGGGUCGAUCUGGACCGUUUCAUCGAGGAGGCGCUGCCCUACUUCCAGGAAGUUCGGAGCCUUCAGAAAAAGAAGAUCCCGCAGUUCCGCACCAAAGACCGGGAGGAGCUUUGGAUCACCCUUCAGAUGCAGCGGGCCGCGGCGUGCAUUCUGAUUGGCAGAGAUCACUACGAGAAAGCCGACAAGUUCCUCACGAACGUACGGCGGGUGCAGCCGAAAGACCGCGUGCUGCAACGCACCAUUGACAGCAUCGCAUUCCUGCGCGAACAGCUCAAAGACUCGGGUGCGGGAGACAGUGCAGCGAACGAGGACGCCCUGCUGACGCAAGCCUUCCUUGCUAUGCGCUGGGGCUAA